CCCCGCGUCGUCCCCAACGCCCGCCAGCCCGGCCCGCGCCAGCCAGCAUUUGAAAAAUAUUGUGCUGCCUCCUUCUGCCUACUGUGUGUCUGAGGAGAGGCCUGCUGUCAUUUGAAUUGUUUGUCAGAACACCGGAGGCAAGGACGUGAAAUGGAGGCCUCGGUGAUAUUGCCCAUCCUGAAGAAGAAGCUGGCCUUCCUUUCAGGAGGAAAGGACAGACGCAGUGGACUCAUCUUGACAAUUCCGUUAUGCCUUGAACAGACAAAUAUGGAUGAGCUGAGUGUCACUUUGGAUUAUCUACUCAGCAUUCCAAGUGAGAAAUGUAAGGCCAGAGGAUUCACUGUGAUCGUGGAUGGCAGGAAGUCUCAGUGGAAUGUGGUGAAGACAGUUGUCUUAAUGCUGCAGAACGUUGUUCCAGCCGAGGUAUCCCUUGUUUGUGUAGUGAAGCCAGAUGAAUUCUGGGAUAAGAAAGUAACACACUUUUGUUUUUGGAAAGAAAAGGAUAGACUUGGCUUUGAGGUUAUUUUAGUGUCCGCCAAUAAGCUGACACGUUACAUAGAGCCAUGCCAGCUGACAGAAGACUUUGGUGGGAGCCUCACCUAUGACCAUAUGGACUGGCUGAAUAAGAGGCUGGUCUUUGAGAAGUUUACAAAGGAGUCUACGUCAUUGCUAGAUGAACUGGCUCUGAUUAACAAUGGAAGUGAUAAGGGGAAUGAGCAGGAGAAAGAAAGGUCUGUGGAUUUAAACUUUCUUCCAUCCGUUGACCCUGAGACGGUUCUUCAGACAGGGCAUGAGUUGUUAUCUGAAUUACAGCAGCGUCGAUUUAAUGGCUCCGACNGAGGGGUCUCGUGGUCUCCUAUGGAUGACGAGCUGCUGGCACAGCCGCAGGUUAUGAAGUUGCUGGACUCACUCCGGGAGCAGUACACACGCUACCAGGAAGUCUGCAGGCAGCGCAGUAAGCGCACACAGCUGGAGGAGAUCCAGCAGAAGGUGAUGCAGGUUGUGAACUGGCUUGAAGGGCCUGGGUCUGAGCAACUGAGAGCACAGUGGGGCAUUGGUGACUCCAUCAGGGCCUCCCAGGCCCUGCAACAGAAGCACGAGGAGAUCGAGAGCCAGCACAGCGAGUGGUUCGCAGUAUACGUGGAGCUUAACCAGCAGAUUGCAGCACUCUUAAACGCCGGAGAUGAGGAAGAUCUUGUGGAGUUGAAGUCUCUACAGCAACAGCUUAGCGACGNUUGCUAUCGACAGGCCAGUCAGCUAGAAUUUAGGCAAAACCUCCUGCAGGCAGCUUUGGAAUUUCAUGGUGUGGCCCAAGAUUUGUCUCAGCAGUUGGACGGCUUAUUAGGGAUGUUGUGCGUAGACGUAGCACCAGCUGAUGGAGCAUCGAUUCAGCAAACUUUAAAACUGCUUGAAGAGAAGCUGAAAAGUGUUGAUGUAGGAUUACAAGGUUUACGAGAAAAAGGUCAAGGUCUCCUGGAUCAGAUCUCCAACCAGGCUUCCUGGGCCUAUGGAAAGGAUGUAACUAUUGAAAAUAAAGAAAACGUGGACCACAUACAAGGAGUGAUGGAAGACAUGCAACUUAGGAAACAAAGAUGUGAGGACAUGGUAGAUGUGCGGAGGCUGAAGAUGCUUCAGAUGGUGCAGUUGUUUAAAUGUGAAGAGGAUGCUUCACAGGCGGUAGAAUGGCUAAGUGAACUUCUGGAUGCCCUGCUGAAGACUCACAUCAGGCUGGGUGAUGAUGCUCAGGAAACGAAGGUUUUACUGGAAAAACACAGAAAAUUUGUCGAUGUUGCACAGAGUACUUACGACUAUGGCAGACAGCUGCUGCAGGCCACAGUUGUGCUGUGCCAGUCUCUGCGCUGUACUUCCCGAUCCUCAGGGGACACACUUCCUCGNCUGAACAGAGUGUGGAAGCAGUUUACAGUAGCAUCUGAAGAGAGAGUGCAUAGGUUGGAGAUGGCCAUUGCCUUUCACUCAAAUGCUGAAAAGAUUUUGCAAGACUGUCCAGAAGAGCCUGAAGCAAUGAAUGAUGAGGAACAGUUUGAGGAAAUUGAAGCAAUUGGAAAAUCACUUCUGGAUAGACUCACUAUUCCUGUGGUUUACCCCGAUGGAACUGAACAAUAUUUUGGGAGUCCAAGUGACAUGGCUUCUACUGCAGAACACAUCAGAGACAGAAUGAAACUGGUCAGUCUCAAAAGGCAGCAGCUGAGACAUCCUGAAUUGGUGACCACGGAGAGCUAAUGUCCCCAGCUCCCACAGAUCUGCAGGUCAUGCACCCAUACUUCUUUGCUGCUGGCAUACUCUGGGGUUAGCCACAGCUCAUUAAGAUACAUUUCACAGCAGGAUAAGCCUCCUUUCUUCCCACAACACAUGUCUCUCUCUAAAUGCUAACAUUUCUCCACUACCAAGGCAUAANCACAACAUGCUUUGAGACUGUAGACUCCUGGUAUCAUAAAAGAAGGAACUGUAUCCACCACACUGAGUCCUUGCUUUCACGCUGUACCUGACUUGUCAGUUUGUAGGCAAAAAACCAAUACUAAGCUUUGAAUGGUGCUAAUCAGAGUUUAGGAAUUCUCUAUAAAAUAUGGCUGCCCUUCCUCCCCAGGUGAUGUAGGAUAUUUAGACCAUAGUUAGACUGUUAGUGAAUAGUGGUGUCCUCAAANUUUUACUUUGUAAUUCUUCAAAAUUGAUUAUUUUUAUUGUCUAUAUGAAGAAAACCCUUCAGAUCUUUGAUAUAUCAUAUUCAUUGAAAGACAUUUUCCUAUUGUAUUCAUAAUGUAUUAAAAGUUGUUUGUGCUUAAUAAAAAUCUUCUUUAAACAUCUUAUUUAAUUUGGUAGUUACAUCCUGAUUCUUAACACGAGUGCCUUACUAAGGGGCAUUCUUAGGAUUGUAAGGCGGGUUAAUCAUUGUUUUUGAUGGUGGCUGCAUGUAUUUUAGGCAAGAAUUUCAUAUGUAUGCAUGUGUAUAUAAUAAAAAACAAGCAUGUUUAUUGUGAAGAACAAUUUAGACCAUUGAGAACAUAAUAAUAGAAUACUAUUUUAAACUUUUCUCUUGAAAAAUGGUGUCCAGAAUAUUAACUACCCUGAAGACACUUUGUCUGUGGGGAAGGAGGGCUAAAGAUGAAGGUAUGCAUACUUACUCAAUGUAAUCUUUUGUAUCACAGCAAUCACUCUGGAACUAAAGCAGAAAUUGUUAAUAAUAUUUAAUAUCUCAUGGUAUUAGAGGCAAAAAUCAUCCUGAAGUAUAGUCACAAAAACUGUAUAGAUCUUUAGAAAUAAAAUUUGUCAUAAAAUGGUAAUGCUUUUAUGUUUGUAUUAAGUUAUAAAGUGUAUAUAAUUUAACAUUGUGUUAAUUUUAAUUUUAGAAUAUAUUUUAAGGUGAAAAUAACUGGGCUUAUCAGUACAAAAUUAUGCAAAGAAUUGUAUGCUGGUUUAUUUUUCUGGUCUGUAAAGACGAUCGCAUACCUUCCUGUGCUAAAGCCAGUUUCUCCAGCCUUCUUCUCUGCCAGCCUUGAUGAAUUUCAUCGCUCCUCAUCCGUCACUCUGUGACACCGUUCAGUCAGCUUUACACCUCACUUUAUAGGACACGGCCCUUUUGAAAGUCAGCCAUACUCUUCUGGUUACCGAGUUGAAUGUUUCUGCUCUCUGACACGUCAGCUCCCUUUCUCUCCGUUUCUGUCUCUCUCCCGAGCAGUGUUCCAUCCCUCAAUGGUGCUCUCUCCUGCCAUGUGAGGGCGUGGUUUAGGUCUGUUGCACAUGCGCACUGUGCUGCUGUCCUCAGCUCUGGCUCAUGAGGCAUCUCAUCGCUAGUCCUGCGUUUCAGUCUGAUCCGAAAUGUAGCGUUCAGCUGACUUCCUGUCCUCUCCACCCAAAUGAAAGCAUAUCCUACUUGCCUUUUCCUCCUGGAGUAGUUUUGAUUAAUGGUGCCAACAAUGUCCAGGGCAAACCUCAGCUGCUCCCCAUGUCUUCUUACACUGCCUCUGAGACCAUCCAGAAGUCCUCUCUAUACUUGAUAACCUCCUGCAGGGUUCUCCUCCUGUGCAUAGGAGCUCCUGGGAUUCUUUCUUCAGUCUUCAUGACGGUGCUAACCUUUUCCUCUUACGUCAUAAGGUCCUCUUGGGGGCUGACUCUUGUCCCACAUGUCUUGUGCCUAGACCUUUCCUCGUGUGUAACAUGCUCGGUCCUACACCUGUGUUCCUUUGUAAGCAUUAGUAAUAAUCUCUCCACUACUGUAGUCUGAGGUCUAUUUAAACUGUUUUUGUUUUUUUUUUCUUCUAGAGUUAGGACUGACUUGUAAAUCUGUUUCCAUGGAAUGUGUCUGAUGUUUUUAGAUCCUUAGACGUUAACUCUUAGAUGUUUGUUUAUAUUCAGUAUUGAUUUCUUUUUACUGAGUUUCAGCAUCGUCAGUAUCUUUAUUUGACUUGGUAAUUGUGUGCCAUCAGCUCAUGGAUGCAUAAUUUCAAUUUAAUUUUCAUAUAUCUUAAGCCCUCUUCCCUGCAAAAAGUGGAGUAAGACAAAACAUGGAAAUACCAUGUAUGAUUUGAAAGUUAAAUGGAACUAGAUACACAGAAUGAACAUAGUCACUCUUCUUUGGCAAAUGUGGACCCCUUUUCUCUGGGUUUAUCUUUAUAGAUACACAAGAGUUAUGAAUAAAAUCCCAGCAAUGCCCCAAACUGACUUUCCUCAUGUGGUCACAGUUCACUUAAAGGACACAUGAAGGAGGUGACUUCAGUUUGUGUGAAAUCUCAGGCCUUUGUUAUAUUAAUACUGACAUUGACCUACAAAUGUCAUUAAAAAGAAAUACUUCCUUCUUACUGGUUCAAUUAUUUUAACCCUUCUAGACCUUGACUGACACGUUAGCUAGGUAAAUUUUGUGUCUGGCUUCUUUUUUUUUUUUUUUUCUUUUUUUGCCUGUGCCUAUCUUUGUGCCUGUGUAAACUCAGCAGACUAUGGCAAUUUGAUGUCUUCUCUUAGUGCAUAUCUGACUCGGCAGAGCUGUGAUGCAAAGACGAUAACUUCCUUUGAGACCAGUUUGGCUGCAUUCCCAGUUCUCAUCGUUCUGACCUUAUUUUACAGGGGAGUCAUUAGUGAUUUUGGUGAGAGCUCAUCCUGUUAGCUUCCAUUCAGUACAGGAGAGUGGGCUGCAUCUCGUCCUUCACUGGGAUUUAAAGUGGCUUGUGGAUGUUAUCUACUCAGAAUGUGUCUGUCACUGCAUUACUCCCAGUUGAUAGAUGGUAUGCUGUUAGUAUUGUGACCCAUUCUCAGUGAGAAGAUGACAGGUUGCUAAGCAAAUCUUAUUUUCUCUUCUAAACCCCUUUGCAUGCCGUGGUAUGAUUGCAAGGUUGGGCGAAUGCAUCCCACUGCACAGGAUACUUUGGUAGGGACCAUCAGCCUUCUUUUAUAUGCUAGAAGUACUUGUCAGAAGAAAUUGUGUGUUCUUAUGCACAUCUCCCAUCCUACCUAAAGUACACUGAGUCUUAAAAAAAAAAAAUAGGAUGGCGGCUACGAACUAAAGAUACAGUGGCUGAUGCAAUGCUGUAGCUCUUGGGUUGUAGAGAAGGUGUAGGCUAAAAUACACAUCCAUAAAUAGGCUGUUAUCCACAGCAAAACUUGUGCAAUGGUGCUGUCUUUGAUUAUGCACCCAAAGGAAAAUCUCUCCAGAAUUAAAAAAGAUGGCAUGAAGAAAGCCAAACAGCACCAGUGUAAACUUUCAAUGCUAGACAUAAACAUUGUUGGUUGAGAGCAGAAAGUCUUUUCCUAUAUGCAGCCAGUAAAUGUCUUGGUGAGACAAAGUGGAUACCAUUUGACACUCCUUGAUUUCUCAGAAUCACUUUAUGUCAGUGAAUAUCCCCGAGACUCUAAAAUAUGAAAUGCACAAUUCAUUAAUUUUAAUAACAAAUUGUAAUAAUUUACGGAAGUAUUGAAAACUAAAGGGGCAUAUACAGUGGACGGUAUCAUUGCUAUAAUCUUUUCCAGAGUAGAAAAUCGUGUUCUUUAAUCUUGCUCUGUCUCAAGUGACAUUCAUGGAGUGGAAGAGAGGACACACUGUUUAUCCUCUCUGCUCCGUACCCCCUUCUUCACCCCUACCCCUUAUCCUUACCCCUCACCCCUACUCGCACCCCUACCCCAACUCCCAAAGCCCUACCCCCUUCAUCCCUACUCUCUUCACCUCUACCCCCAUCCCACCAGUGGAUAAGGGAAUGCACUUUCAGAUUACAUCCUGAGGGUGGAACUGGUGCCCUCAUCAGUAUAAUGAAGCUUUAAAGCUGACAAAUUCCCUGCUGUGGAAAGAUGAUAGAACAGUAAGAUAGACGACAAGACAUAUAGCAUCUGUGUUGGGUUUGACAGGGCACGAGGCAACUCCAUUUACUCCACUAGUUAGCAAGCCAAAGAAAGGCAUGGUUGGAGUGUAGCGAGAAAGGAACAAGCUAUAGAACAAGAGCAUACACCUGAGGAUAUUUGUAGGAUCUCCCAAUCCCGAGGUAGACAUGACUUGAGACAACCAUUAGUGCUGGCUUUGGUUAGAGAAGAGGCAGCCUGACAGACUCAGGCAGCAGUGGUGCUGGGGAAAGACUGGUCCUGUAAUUGAGCUUAGAUGCGAAGCUUUGCCAUGGCAGCACUGGUCUGUGCUGGCGAUGUUCAGUAUGACUUAAUGCUGCAGCAGUAGUUAAAGGCUAAGGAGAAGAAACAGUAGUCUGUACACUUCAGGAAGAGGCAGAGCCUGUGCUAGGACAUGACGGUCUUCAAGAGAACAGGGGAGUCAGCACUGAAGCUAAAUAUUUUGAAUGCUGGUGAAUAAAUGUUUCAUAGAUGCAAGAUUAUUUUUCUGAGAACUCUUAAUGAGACGAGCUGCAAUAUGUAAUUCUUCUAUGUCAUGAUACAGGAAUUCCAAACAUGGCUAAAAAUAGUUACUGUCAAGUAUUAAGAGCAGAGUUGUGAGGGUUUGAAGAGAGACGUGGAACAGCGUGUCUGACAGGGCUUUGCACUCUGAGGCUGGUUCCUACUAGUCUUGAGGGGACAUCGUAAGUGUUUACAAGUCCGAUGCAGAGGCCCCAGGGUGACUGCAUAGAUCUCCCUAUAGAACUUGAAGACAGUGUCUGUCUACUGAAGGCUACAAGAUCACAUCUUUCAUGUCUUAUUUUCCUGACGGUUUUAGCUUAUGAGUUGGAGCACUAAACCAUUCUUAUGGUUGCUUUCUCAGCAGAAUGGGAAUGCAUCUUAGUUCGGGUGUUAGUCUUCACAGCCCGUGAAGUUGCCCAGGGAACUACAUCAGGGUAGAUGUAGUUCUUCAGAAUUGUGAGAGGAUCCAAGAUCACUUGGGCAGGUUUGAGUAGAUUUGGGAGCUGCAUUGCUCACCUCAGACUCUGAAGAGAAACUUCAUUUUCUAAAUUGGCACAUAGAAGUAUUUGGUCAUUAUCAUGUUGAAAGAGCAUUUGGGGUUGGGGUGGGGAGUAAAUGUUGAAACUUCUGUUUCCCGAAGUUUUAAUAUAAAAAUUUUCAGUCUAUAAAAUUUAAGAUUACUUCAACACAUCCUUACCACUGUUAGUUACCCUUGCUUUGUCACAUGCCCAUCCAUCCAUCCAUCCAGAUUAUUUUUUGAUGGAUCUGAAGCUGCAGAUCUCCGCAUGCUUUCAUCUAAAGACUUUAGCGUGUUUCUCACUAGCAAGGGCUCCAUAUUUGUUUUCUCUUGGCAUAAGAUUAUAUCCAUGGAGUGAAAAUGCACAGAACCUUCCCAUGCUCCGUUUCAUAGUUAUGUGGCAUGCUAUAGAAAGGACAUCUACCACUUUAGAAAGUUCUCCCCUUUCACUCAUCACUGUCCCCAAAUGACAUGCCCUGUUCUUCCUUCCUAUCCUAAGUUAUAUUGUUCUAUUUUAGAACUUAUUUUAAUUCACAUCACACAUCAAGGCUCCUAUACUGCCGUAAUAUUUGGGAGGUUUAUUUGUGGACUUGGUGUAUUAUUAAUUCAUCCCUAUGUUAUUGCUAAGUGGUGUCCCCAUGAUUGUAUAUUGCCACUUGUUUUCUCAGUUUCCUAUUGGCUAACCGGGCUGUUUGCAGGACUGCCAACUAUGAACAAAGCUGCAAUGGUCAUUAUUAGGAACAUAUGUAUGAAUGUAGUCAUUCAUGUGCUCGUGAGUAAAUACUUAGAAUUGCUGACUCGCAAGGUGGUUUUAAAAAGAAACUAUCACUCUUUUUCCCAGUGUGGUUGUUCUGUGCCCUGAUUUUUAUAUUUUGGAUGUGUAAAAAGUUGUAAACAAUUUUUCUGAUUCCCAUGUUGAAAUAGUAAGAGAAGUUGGGGGUAGAAAUUAUAUCACUCACAUUUGAAUGCACUAGUUGGUAUUUGAGGAAAGGGGUGCUGUCUGUCACAAAGCAGCUCCCCCAAGCGGUUCCUCAGACAUGAAAUUUUAGAAUUAGCUCCACCAUGUGAGAGGUUAGGCUCUAAACAUGCUAGUUUAUAGCUAGAAGGAACAGCACGAGCUUGAUUAUGUUGCAUUUACCACCCACUUUAAAUAAAUAAAGUAAGACACAUCACUGAGUGGCAAAGAACACUUUAUGGUGGAAGUGGAGGGGGCAGAAACAAAACCAAGAACAUACACAGGAGUCAGCUCCUGGUACCACAGCGUGAGAAAGACACCUGUGCAGGGAAGUGCCAGUGUGGUCAGGAAAGCAGACAACAGGAUGGGAAGAACUCUACCUCACAGUUUACAUAGCGGAUAGGUAUGUUUUGUAGACAUUUUAGCCUUUAAAUGUCGUAGUCUUCAUCUUUUCAGCCCAACUUUGUUAGUUUCAUACUUGGGUGAGUUUUUUCUACUGUGUAUUAUCCUCAUCUUCUGUUCAAUUAAACAAUAUCCACCUGUGAAAUUAUGGUCAUAUGUUUCCAAUACCCAUGUUCAGAUACCCGUGUGUGAUUUAUCUAACCUUUCCUGUGGGAUUUUUAAGGGCUGGGAAAUUUGGCUUCUACUGUAUAUCCUUAUAAUGUGCCCACAUUGUAAAUAUGCAAUAAAACCAUAAAAUACAAGGGCAGCAGAUUUUCAUAUGUAUUUCUUUGCCAUGUUGUUGUUUGACAAGUUUGAUUUCUGUAAAUAAAGAUUGUUCAUAAAAUC